AAGAAGUGGUCUGAGGAAUUAUGGCGUCUGCAGUUGGUGCUCAAUAUUACUAAGCAAAAGACGACACAAAUGUCUCCAUUGAACCUUUUAAUUGGUUCUGAGGGGACAACUCCUGUGAUACAAGCUUUAGUCCGUGAUGUGGCUACUGAUUAUUCGGGAUCAAAUCGCCAGUCUUUACGGGAGUUAGCUAGGCAAAGGACGGCCGAACGUCUCAAAGAAAAUGAAAAGAAACAAAAUGAAUAUGUGAAUAAGGGACGUGAAUCGCCUCGCGCAUUUCAAGUCAAUGAUUUUGUAUUCGUCAUUAAGUACUCUCAAUCUAAAGGAAAAUUAGAUCCUGGAAUGCGUGGCCCUUAUAAGGUGACAAGAAUUCUUGAGAAUGGACGAUAUGAGUUACGGCUUGUGGCUGGAGACUAUGGCAAGCUGACUUAUGCUGCCGCUCAGUAUAUGGUGCCUUGGAAUGGAGAAUGGACCCCUGAUGAGUGUGCCGCUUUCUUUGAUAGUGUAGACCAAACCGAUGAGUUGACCCCUACGAGUAUAAAUUACCCUAUGGAAAUUAUCAGCGCCUUUGACCGAGGUGAUAAAGAAGCUGGACCUCAGACUGACGAGGACGCCAGGACAUCAGGAGAGGCCGUAUAAGGAGAAUUAGUGUGACUUUCCGAACGUCAUGCGUCAAGCUGUCAGAUGUCUUUUAAAGGCAUUCACUUUUUGGCGGGAAGCAGCGCGUUAUACGGUCAGGCGUAUCAUUGUAAACUGUUUAUGUAAUAAU